CUCAAUCCCAGAACCCGAGCUAACCCCUGCGCUGGAGCUGCUUUGACGCCGGCUGCAACAGCCAUUCUCCUCUCGCAACAGCAUGGCUGGUCCAGCUGCGGCCAUUUGUUCCCGGGCCUCCUCCAGGCCCUUCAACUUCCUAAGAACCUUUGGUGUCCGGUGGUCUGAGAUCUCGCGAGCGCUCCCGACCUGUUUUCUUUCGCGAGAUCACCUCUCCUCCUCCUCCUCCUCUUCGUCUCCGGCAACUGCAGAAGUAUCGCGAGCUUCUAUUUCGGCGCUGAGGCUCACUGAGGCCUAUUACGUUGGAUGUACCAAGAUAUCGCGAGAAAUUUUCAACUCUAGUUUCUUACACAUCCUUUAAGGAACCCUGGAAUUUAGCGAGAAUACCUUUUUUCAUAAUCACACUCCUCCCCUCCCUUGUUUUUCUGCCUCGCGAGACAGUAUGUCCUGAAUACUCCCUGUAGCCUAGGGUACUGUGAAUGAAAACGGAGUGUGUUCUCUUUCCCGCGGAACUCCUGAGGACAAAACUCAAAUUACUUGAAUGCCUGAAUCGGACUACGUUUCCCGUGAGCACGCGCAGCCCACGCUCCUCUCGCCCAUUUACAGCGUUUGAUCUCAGUGGCCGGUGGCCGGAAAGGGACAAUGGUUUCCAUGUCAGCGGAUAAACGCGCUCGCCUUAGCUCCCGGACCAGAGGGAGGAUGAAACAGAGAGUGCGUGCCGAAAAGCGAGGAAGCAACUAAAGGAGUCGGUGACCGAUAGAGCAAGAGCCAUGGCACGCCGGGGCCUAGUGGCCGGGCCAGACUUUGAGUAUUUUCAGCGUCGCUAUUUCACGCCGGCCGAGGUGGCCCAACAUAACCAGCCCGAAGACCUCUGGGUGUCUUACCUGGGAAACGUGUACGACCUAACGCCGUUGGCACAGGAAUACAAGGGAGACCUGCUGCUGAAACCCAUCGUGGAAGUUGCGGGCCAGGACAUCAGUCACUGGUUUGAUCCAGACACCAGAGACAUCCGCAAGCACAUAGAUCCGCUGACCGGUUCCCUGAGAUACCGCACCCCGUGGGGCCGCUUUCUGCACGUGCCGCCUCAGCUGCCCCGUUCGGACUGGGCCAAUGAUUUCGGGAAGCCUUGGUGGCAGGGGUCGCGUUACGAGGUGGGGCGGCUGUCCGCCAAGACCCGGAAUAUCCGCAUCAUUAACACGCUCACGUCGCAAGAGCACACUCUGGAGGUGGGGGCCCUGGAAUCAAUGUGGGAAAUCCUACACCGCUACCUCCUCUAUAACGCACAUGCUGCCAGCUACACAUGGAAAUAUGAAGGGAAGAACCUGAACAUGGAUUAUACCCUGGAAGAGAAUGGUAUCCGGGAUGAGGAGGAAGAAUUUGAUUAUCUCAAUAUGGACAGUACGCUCUACACACCUGCAGUACUGCUGUACUUCAGUGAUGACCUCACAGAGCUAUAGAAAGAGAGAUGUAUGCUCAUGUAGGCUCAAGACAUAUUUUGAGUUUAGCUGUUUCUGUGACCUGUAGGAAAAGAGAUGGGGAUGGGGCAGGGAGGGCGGUACCUGGACCUAGACCUCCAUUCUACUCUGGGAGCUGGCCUGAGGUUCCCAUUCCCUACUGAAGUGUAAAGGUCCUAUUCCUCGGGUUAGUUACAAUUUACUCUGAGAAAGUUAGGAAGAACGCUAGAAGUGAAUUAAUUUUUAGGAAUGAUACAAGAAAAUAAAGUAUCUUAGAUCAUGGAGAUGUAGAAGAGGAUAGUCAGAUAGAGCUCAGGCAGAACUUUUCGAUAGUAAGAGAAAGAGAAGUCCUACACAGGGAUGAGGGAUGGAAGAACUUUUCUGGCAAUGAUGGAAAUGGGAUGACUGUAGGAAGAUGGGAUCUACAAAGACAGGAAUAGGAAGUGUCUAUAUCACUCGCCAUAUAAAACUGGCUAAUCUCUCUUCUGACUAGUAUUCGGCAGCCACCAGGUAAUUCAGGCUAGAUAUUAUGCUAUGUGCUUUAUACACCUCAUUUAAUACAACUAUCCAUAAGACAGAUACCAUUACCACUACUUACAGAUAAAUCUUCUGAAGCUUAGUAAGAUUUAAUAGCGCAAAAGCCACACUACUUAGUAACCAGAUUGCAAACCCAGGUCUUCCCAAUUCCAAAGUCUACGAUCUUCUCAAUGUCCAGGCUCACUGCACAAUGGGAACCUGUAGGCCUAUUGUGUAGUCAGCCGCGGUGUUGUGCUUUUUUGUUUUGUUUUUUUAGUUAUUGCCUUUGGAAGGGACUUAGCACAGUUCUGCAGUGGUAGAGAGGACACAGGGAAGGCCAAGUGUAAGCUGAGUAAUAGCUGAUGAGUCUACUUCAUGGUUAAUCCCGUAGGAAAACUUUCCUCUGACUUUUCUGAGGCAAAGAGGUGGGUAUAUACUGGUUCCAGGAAAAUUAGAGUGGGAAAGGGCUUUUGGAUUGGGACACUUUAGAAGGGGGAGCAAAAAGUAGGCAUGUAUAUUCAUGAUGGGCCUGUGCUUCUGAGGGAAAGAUGAGGAAGACAGGGUCGACUUUGCCAGAUGGUGACUCUGCAAGAAGGGGCUUGACAGAGGUGAUGUAAAGAGAGGAGCUAAUUGGGGCUUCCCUAGUGGCGCAGUGGUUGGGAGUCCACCUGCCAAUGCAGGGGACGCGGGUUCGUGCCCGGGUCCGGGAGGAUCCCGCGUGCCGCGGAGCGGCUGGGCCCGUGGGCCAUGGCCGCUGGGCCUGCGCGUCCGGAGCCUGUGCUCCGCGACGGAAGAGGCCACAGCGGUGAGAGGCCCGCGUACCGCAAAAAAAAAAAAAAAAGAGAGGAGCUAAUUAAGUCAGAAAACUCCUGGUGUUCAAAAGAGAACAACCAUGUAGGGCAGUGGCCAGAUUUGGUCCCCUAUGACCUAAGGAGGGAAGGGGAAUGAGAAUCACAGGUGAAUUUCUUGACAGUAGCAGGCUAAAAAAGCAGCAGAGAGAUGUUAGUGCAUCUUUGUGGAAGGUGGCCCCCUAUGAGACACUGGGUAGGCUGCAGAGGAGUGUGCUGAGGGGCUGACUAUGAACGGCAUGGACAGAGGUGAAGACAUCUGUAUCCACCUGCAGUUGUUUCAUGUGUAUCUUGUUUGCUCAGUUAAACCCUAAACUAUUUGAGAACCAAAGCUAUGCUGUUGCUGUAACCCCCAGCCUCAGGGCCUGUGCCUAUGGGAUCUGCCCAAACUCGUCCCUCCUCCAGGGUUUCCUACUUUAGUACCUCUCGCCAGAAACACAUCCCUUUCCUCACACACCCAGUCACUCUCCAAGUAGAUUCUAUCUCCUAAACAUCUCUGGAAUCCAUCUUCUUUUCUCGAAGCUGUUAUCAUCACCUCUGGUCUGGACUGCUGCGAUAACUUCCUAACCAGUCCUCCCAUUUCCUCUUCUGUCCUCCACACACAGCAGAGUGAGCUCUGAAAAACAAACCUAAACAUCUAACUUUCCUCCUUCAGAUUCUUCAGUGGCUUCUAGCUGCUUUUGGAAUCAAGUGCUAAAUCCAAAGACCUUGCAUAUAUCAGCCUCUACCUUGCAUCACCCCUCUUUGUUCACUGGCUUUCUGUUCACUAAAGGUUUUCUUGCCUCAGAGCCGGCACACAGGCUGUUCUCUCUGCUUACAACACUCUUCCAUCUCCCACCUUGCUAAUCCUGCAUGUUUCUUCCUCACAGAGACUUUGCUGAUUUCUCGAUGCAGGUCAGGACUUUCUGUUAAAUUUCAGAGUGCUUAUUACAAUAGUAAUGUUAAAAUUAUGGAUGUAAUUGGCUGGCUGGCUGCUAGAUUGUAAACUCAUGAGGGCAGAGAUCGUGUCCAUCUUGUUCACUGCUGUAUUGCCAGUGUUGGGCACACAGUUGCUGCUCAAUAAAUUUUGACUGAAUGAACUCAAAUGUUAAGUGAAUUCCUCUGCCUCUAAUAACUAGUGGAUGGGAUGUUGUGUCCUUGGUGGGGGGCAAGGUGGGACCAAGAAAUAGGAUGUCUGGAUCCUAUGCUGUCAUCUCUAUCCACAGGUUUCUCUUUCCUUGUUCGCCAUAGAUCCAAGACCAAAAAUUACUCCAUAGAGGUUCUUCCUCUCACCAGAUUUUUGAGGCAAUCGACCUGUCUUUUCUCUACAUGGCCACCAGGUGGCUGUAGUCUCCUACAGAGUGAAGGGAAAGGGGCCCGGAUGAGGGAAAACACUUCCAAGUUCUAAACAGGUUAGGAUUAAAGGUAGCCUGUGGAAACGUACAGGUGAGAGGGAAGGAUCAGAAAAAAGGGAAAACAACAUGGGCACUAUUCCAUUAGCAUUAGGUUUAUUCCUAUUUUUAAUUUUUUCCAUAAGCACAUGCCAGGAAAGGAGUGUAGUUUGGGAAAUAAAACUCACGGGAUAGGACAAGUAAGGGGUCUGAUUACAGGUGUGGGUAUGUACAGGGUGAGGCACAGAACUAUGGAAGGAAUA